AUUGCAGGAAGUUUGGCACCUGCCUAUCGGUGCCAUUGAUACCCAGGCUGGGGCAAGCGACUUCGAGUCAGGACAAUCCUCCAGCUGGGAGCAGCAGCAGGAGGAGGAACAGAGGCCAGGGGUACAGGACAGCAGGGGCCUCUUUCCACCACAGGACCUGGGACCCACGUGGAGAGGGAUUAAUAGGCUCAGAAGGAAGAGACAGCCCAGGACAGCAGAGCCAGUAGAGCUGGCCUGAACCCUGGACCUUGUCUUCCAGUGGGGAUUCAGUAUCUCAGCCCCAGCAGGAGCUGACCAUGGCCUCCAAGCCGGAGAAGAGGGUGGCCUCCUCUGUCUUCAUCACCCUGGCACCCCCACGCCGUGAUGUAGCAGUGACUGAGAAGGUGGGCCAGGCAGCUUGUGAAGCCCGACAUGCCCGGCCCUGGGAGACCCUUCCCACAAAGACGCCUGGCUCGGGCAAGAGCUCCAACGCUGUGGCGCCCUCUGGCAGGACCCCUGCCUCCAUCCCAGCAGCCCCACCCCAGCUCUCCAAUGGAGGAUGCUCUCUCCCACCUCCUUCCCUGAAUGACGAGGACCUGGACCUCCUCCCACCUCCUCCACCGCCCCCGUCGGCCUACCUGCCUCUCCCAGACGAGGAGACUCCUGUCCUGCCGGGGACAUCACUCAUUUCUGACUUGGAGCAACUCCACCUGCCACCUCCCCCACCUCCACCCCUACCACAGGCUCUAUCAAAGGGAUCUUCUGUCCAGACUCGGACUGGUCACCUCAGACCCUCGGAAGAGGAGCUGCCUCCUCCUCCAGAAGAGCCUGUCACCCUUCCAGAGAAGGAGGCAUCCACAGAUGUGUGUGGCUUCUGCCACAAGCCUGUGUCCCCUCGAGAGCUGGCUGUGGAGGCCAUGAAGAGGCAGUACCACGCGCACUGCUUCACCUGCCGCACCUGCCGCCGCCAGCUGGCCGGGCAGAGAUUCUACCAGAAGGACGGCCGCCCCCUGUGCGAGCCGUGCUACCAGGACACCCUGGAGAAGUGUGGCAAGUGUGGGGAGGUGGUCCGAGACCACGUGAUCCGGGCCCUAGGCAAGGCCUUCCACCCGCCCUGCUUCACCUGUGUGAGCUGCGCCCGGUGCAUCGGGGACGAGAGCUUCGCGCUGGACGGCCAGAAUCGGGUGUACUGCGUGGCCGACUUCUACAGGAAAUUUGCCCCCGUGUGCAGCAUCUGUGAGAAUCCCAUCAUCCCCUGCGACGGGAAGGACGCCUUCAAAAUUGAGUGCAUGGGAAGGAACUUCCACGAAAACUGUUACCGUUGUGAGGACUGCAGUGUCCUCCUGUCUGUGGAGCCUACCGACCAAGGUUGCUACCCGCUGAAUGACCACCUCUUCUGCAAGCCCUGCCAUAUAAAGCGGAGUGCUGCUGGGUGCUGCUGAGAGCCUCGCUGACCUGCUGGCCCUUCUCUGACUUGGUUUCCCCGCCUGACCUUUCUUGCAUACUUUCCUUUUCACUGGGUACCAGCACCUCUCCCUAGACUUUCAGCCCCCCCUCCUCCGCUGACCAGAAGGCCCCUCACCACCAGAUUGGAACCCUGGCCCCUCUCUAGUGCUGGCCCUGACCUGUUUGUGGAGACAGGUCUCAGGAUGAUACCUGUGGAGCAGAGUGCUCAGCUGCCUGGCAGAAGGUGCUGGAACCAGCACAGUGUGCCAAGCUAAGCUGUUUGAAUUAUGUCUCCCCAGCUUCUCUCAAAAGUGCUUUUUUGAAAACUUAGAAAUUUAUGCUGGGUGUGCUAGUGCACCCCUUGAAUCCCAGCCCUUGGGAGGCAGAGGCAGGUGGAUUUCUGUGUUCUAGACCAGCCUGAUCUACAGAGCGAGUUCUAUUUAAACGAUGUGAAACAACAUUCUUUGGAUUUGGGGGAGAGAAAUCUCUUAAUUUUUCUUUUACUUUUUUCUUUUUUGGUGGGGUAAGAUCAGCAAACAUUUUCCCUUGGUUCAUCAAUGUCUAAGCAUGCAGCUUGGGAGGCGGGGGCUGGCAGGGUGGCUCAGUGAUUGAGAGCACUUGCUGCCCUUGCUGAGGUCCAGAGUUCAUUUCCCAGCACCAACAUGAAGGUUCAGAACUAUCUGACCUGUGCCUGCAGCUCCAGGAGAUUUGGCGCCCUCUUCUGGCCUUUUCAGGAACCUGCAUGCAGGUGCUGUACAUAUUUACACACACACACACACACCCCACACUUUUUUUUUUAAACAAUUUAUUUAAUUUUAUUUUCUGUGCAUUGGUACAAAGGUAUUAGAAUCCCUGGAACUGAAGUUACAGACAGUUGUGAGCCGCCAUGUGGGUGCUGGGAAUUGAACCUGGGUUCUUUAAGGAAGAGCAGGCUGUGCUCUUAACCACUGAGUCAUUUCUCCAGCCCCAAGGCACACUUUUUUAAUCCCAGUACUUGGGAGGCAGGGGCAGGUGGGUCUCUGCAUUUGAAGGCCACCAGAGCUGUACAAUAAUGCUGCCUUAAAAAAAAAAAAAGGGUGAAGAACUGGGGUGGAACUGGGGUCAGGAGGACAGGGGAGGGGGUGGUCAGCAGCAUCCACCUGCUUCCUGACCUUCCUGUGUUUUUUCGAAUGGUCCAUGGACAUGGAUUAAGUGCCUUUGAUUUGCUAGGGAGCAAGUACUGGGGCUGAGCCUCCUUCCUCCUUCACUGGGGCUAUGGCCUUCACAAGUAUACACACACACACACACACACACACACACACACACACACACACACACGCUUCAGAAUGAGGCCAGGGAAGGGCACAUCCCUUUAGCCUCCCAUCCCCCACUUCAGGCCCUGCAGCUAAGCUGCCCCUAACCACUGCCUCCAUGAGGCCACACCUAGAACAUUCUUCCUUGUAAAGAAAUUCACUUUAGGGCUGGGAAGGUGGCUCAGCUGGUAAAGGUGCUUGCCACCACACCUGAUGACCUGAGUUCUAUCUCCUGGACCCACACGGAAGGAGAGGACCAGUCCGUAAGUUGUCUUCUGGUUUACACACGCACAUUUGCGAACACGUGUAAUAGAAAUAAAAUGUCAAAUACAAAAAAAGAGAGCGAGAGAAAAGUCACUCUUGUGCUUUGUAACUUCUAAGAUGCAUGUAGGAAAAUUAAACAUAUUUUCUUUUC